AUGGCAGCGUCAUCGACCCCCGUUGAUAGUCCCGCGGGGUCGGGACAACUGGCGCCCAACGUGGGGCCUGACAGACCAGAGAAGCGAGAACGUCUCCCCCAGGAGGGUGGGCCCAGGCGAGAACGUCGCCCCCAGGAGGCCCCGGCGCCGCCAGCCCCGGUGCCUCCAGCCCCGGCGCCCCCACUGCCUCUAGCUUCAGGCACUGGGGCAAUGGGACCGCCUCCGGGACCAGCCCAGGGAACUCGACGCCACCGAGGUGCCGCAGUGGACCCGCCGGAAGGUAGGGAGCGACUAACCAUCAAUCACCAGGCUCUGGUGGCGGGUCUUCGCGGGGCCGCGAGGUGCCCCACCAAUUUGGCCAAGUCUGUAUUGACUCAGGCAAAGGGCCCCCUCUCUGAUAAAAAAUCUUGGGUGAUCGGGGCUACGGGCCAGAAACAAUAUGUGUAGACUACCCGGAGAACAGUAGAUUUAAGAGUAGGACGAGUAAACCACUCGUUCCUUGUCAUACCGGAAUGCCCCACACCCCUGUUAGGAAGAGACAUCUUAACCAAAGUGGGGGCCCAAAUAUCCUUUCAAGCUAGAGAACCUCUGGUGACCAAUCAAGAGAAUAAACCUUUGAGCUUAAGCGUCCUGACUAUAAGAUUAGAGGAUGAAUACCAUCUUUUUAAAGGACCGGAGCCCUCCAAAAUUAGUCAGGAGUGGUUUGACGGGUUCCCAGGAGCCUGGGCGGAAACGGCCGGCAUGGGGCUCGCCAAGAACCAGCCCCCUGUAGUUAUAGAACUAAAAGCUUCAGCCUUACCAGUAACUGUGAGACAAUAUCCAAUGAGUAAAGAAGCCAAGGACGGAAUUAGGCCACAUAUCCAGAAGCUUAUGGAACAGGGGAUAUUAGUAAAAUGUCAAUCCCCAUGGAACACCCCCUUGCUGCCUGCAAAAAAGGCAGGAACGGGAGACUACCGACCAGUACAAGAUUUAAGAGAAGUUAACAAAAAGACACAGGACAUUCACCCCACCGUGCCAAAUCCUUAUAACCUACUAAGCUCCCUGGCCCCGGAAAACACCUGGUAUUCAGUUUUAGAUUUAAAAGCUGCUUUCUUUUGUCUGCGCUUGCACCAGAGCAGCCAACCGCUGUUUGCCUUUGAAUGGAAAGAUCCCUCCACAGGAACUACUGGACAAUUGACCUGGACUCAUUUGCCACAAGGAUUUAAGAACUCGCCCACCCUCUUCGACGAGGCUCUACAUCAAGACUUGGCUUUCUACCGAGCUUCUAACCCACAGGUAACUUUGUUGCGGGCUCUAGAAGCUGUGCAGAAAGAAGUGUGGGCCUCUAUCCGAGAAGUCUAUCAGCCAGAGGACAUCUCACUACCUGAUCAGUUCCAAGUGGGAGACUCUGUCUACGUGAAACGACACCGAAUGGGAAAUCUUGAGCCCCGGUGGAAAGGACCUUUCAUCUUCCUUUUGACUACUCCCACAGCUGUGAAAGUGGAUGGCAUCUCCUCCUGGGUCCACGCUUCACAUCUGAAGAGAGCGCCUCAACCAGGCCCGGAUUGGCGAGUAAUUCGAACUGAUAACUUUCUUAAACUUUGCUUGUGUAAGAAUGAUUGUGUCACUGAUAAUUCUGAUAGCCCAGUUACUCCCCACUCUUCAGGACCCCAACCCCCACGAACCUAG